AACAAAGGUAAUGCAUCCAUCUAUUGGCAGAAGCUACUCUACUCUCCCCAAUUCAGCAUCCAACAACAUCAGAGGAAAGGAUAAUGCGAAUCAAUAUGAUAGAUCAAUGGAUAUCAUAAAAUGCGGAACACCUUGCAAAAAAAAAAGAUUUAUUUUUACAUGGCUCAUCAUUUAGCUACAACCAAUCUUGAUUGACAUUGGUUCCUUAUACACUCUGAUGGAAAUUGGGUGGAGACGAAGAAAGAGAGAGAGAGAGAUAAAGCUGCGGAAAGAAAUAUGUGGCUGGUAUUAACGUAAAAUUUUCAUGAAUAGAAACUAAAAUGGGUCGCCGUCCUGCUCGUUGUUAUCGUUACUGUAAGAACAAGCCUUACCCUAAGUCCAGAUACUGUCGUGGUGUUCCCGAUGCCAAGCUUAGAAUCUACGAUUUAGGUCGUAAAAAGGCGUCAGUCGACGAUUUCCCUCUCUGUAUCCAUUUGGUUUCCAACGAAUACGAACAGCUCUCUGCUGAAGCUCUUGAAGCCGGUCGUAUUUGUGCUAACAAGUAUAUGGCCAAGACCAGUGGUAAGGAUUCUUUCCACAUGCGUAUUCGUGUCCAUCCUUACCAUGUCACCCGUAUCAACAAAAUGUUGUCUUGUGCUGGUGCUGAUAGAUUGCAAACUGGUAUGCGUGGUGCUUUCGGUAAGCCUAACGGUCUUGUCGCUCGUGUCAACAUUGGUCAAAUCAUUUUCUCUGUUCGUACCAAGGACUCCAACAAGGCUGUUGUCAUUGAAGCCUUGAGACGUUGUAAGUACAAGUUCCCUGGUCAACAAAAGAUCAUUCUCUCCAAGAAGUGGGGUUUCACUCCUCUUGCUCGUGCUGACUUCGUUGAAGCUCGUGCUGCUGGUUUGAUCAGACCUGAUGGUUGUUACGUCAAGUUCAUUCCUCAAAAGGGUACUCUUAAGAACUACUUCAAGGAAGCCUCUUUGGUCUAAAUAUUUAUAAAAGUUUCUUUUUAUCUAUAUAAAAUCUUGACUUCAGUUUUUUUUUUAUUAUUAUUAUUUAUUAUAA